AUGCGCGACGAGGCCAACGCGGUCCAGCGCUUCGCGCCGGCCCGCGUGCGGCCCGCGGCCGGUUUGGGCUUCCCGAGCCGCACGCGCGCGUCCCUGGGCCUCGUGCUCGUGCGCUGGGGCGGCGAGGAGCAGCCCGAGUCCUGCGACGGCACGCACGCGGGCGGCUGGGGGCCGUCGGGCGCCGUGCCGAGCCACACGUACGCCGCGGGCCUCAUGGAGGCCAUCCACGGCCGCGUGGGCACGUCCUACGAGGCCGUCACGGCCUACGUCGCAUCGACGGACGACCUGCGGUCCCUCUGCGAGCGGCGGCUCCUGGACCUCGUCGCCGGCUGCGACCAUUACGGCGCGCUGUACCUGCUCUGGCCGACGCAGUUCGACGACGGCACCGCGGGGCGGCCGGGCAUGGUGCCCGCGUCGCCCUUCUUCGACCUCAUGCAGCGCCUCGAGGGGGCGGGCAUCCCGAGCCGCUUCCCCCACGCGGCCCACGUCUACCGGACCCUCGUGUCCAAGGAGUGGACGAGCCAUUUGGGCGCCGUCGGCGCGCUCGCCGUGCCGCCGACGACGCGCGUGAACCUGAGCGCCAUCGAGCGCGACGCCGAGGGCGCCGCGCGGCGCGCCGUGGAUGCUUUGAAGGUCGUCGGCCGCGACUUCAAGGCGCGGCGGCCCAAGGACGGCGGCGCGAAGCCGUGGACGCGCGGCGUCGCGAAGUUGGGCCACUCCUGGGAGGCCAUCGACGUGCGCGCCUGGCGCGGCAAGGGCCAGCUGCGGGACGCGCUCCGGUCUCUCGCGCGGCAGCCGGGCUGCCGCGCGGACUACGUCUUCGUCCAGGAGUUCGUCGAGGCCGUCGGCGAGGUCCGCGCGUACUGCGUCGACGGCAAGCUCGAGAAGCUCCUCUACACGCGCUUCGACGACCCCGACGCCGGCGACGAGCCCGUGGGCGAGGAGGACCAGGGCCGCUUCGUCACCUUCUCCGAGCUCGAGCGGGCCGACGCGGUGCAGCAGUGGUUCCGCGGCGACGAGGCGCUCGCGGACGCCGCGGAGCGCGAGGUCCGGACGCUCGUCGGCCGCUGGCUCGCGUGGCUCCGGGGGUUGGACAGCGAGCCGCUGCCCUUCGUGCGCGUCGACGUCUUCGUCUGCGUCCACGACGACCCGGCGACGGGCGCGCCGAAGCUGUCCGUCGCGACGGGCGAGCUCACGGAGCUCGGAGCGUCGUUCCUCGGCUGGCGCGACGGCCCGCGCCUCGUCUUCGACGCGCUCCUGCGGUCCUGCUUCCGCGACCGGCCCUGCGAGGGCGGCGCCUACCCGCUGCCGGCCUGGGUCGAGCGGGACCUCGACGACGGCCGCAAGCGCGACCGCGGCAAGAAGAAGAAGCGGAAGACGCACGCGUCCCCGGGCGACGAGCCCGUCGCCGCCUAGGGCUGCCCAUAACCGGUCGAUCGAUGUU